CCUAGGGGCUGGACAAGGCUUCCCUUAGAAUUUUGGCCAUGAGACUUUCUCCUGAGUGCUUGGAUAGUUCAUUACCUAUCCUAAUCUUGAACACUGAGAUGCUGUACUCACUAGUAGAAACAAGUUCCCAGACUGUGUAACAGUGGGUUAGCAGUCAUUUUGGGAUUUUCUUUAAAAUGUAGUAUGUACAGGAAUUUAAUAGAAAAUCACUUAUCACUGAAGCUAUGCUGCUACUGGAUGAAUCCCAAUGGAUUAAUCAGUGGCAGCCUGGUCAUAACAUUAUGGUGAUGGCUGAGAAUGAAUAAGCUCAGAGGUGUUAAAGAAAAAGUUGAAUUUUAUGGUGACUUCUCUGCCUACUCUUAAAGUUUCUAAUUCAGUUCAAAUUGAUACAUCUCACAAAUUAUUGCUUGAACACCAUAUAUUAAGCAACACUGACAAGUAGAGUCAAAACAGCUAAUAAUCCAAUUCAUGCCACAUUUUAUGUUUUAUAGGAUAUGGAAAUCUGGCUGACACAGUGAUAUAUUUGUUGGUUGGUUUUUAAGAUUUUCUCCCUGAUGAGGUGGAUACUGAUUCUGAAUGGAUUUAGGUCUGGCUUUAAUAGAACAUGUUACUGAAGGGAACUAUAUUAAACAAUGAUCUAGAAAGGAAAUAGUCCUGCUUAGAAUAAAGACAGAAAAUAAAUAGCUGCAAACUUGUCUUUUUAAGUAUUGGCCAGAGUAAGAAAGCAUUAAUCUGUUGCAAAUUUCUGCUUACGUUCCUGCUAUCCAGAAGGGGGAGAUGCUGGCUAAUUUGUAGCAAUGAAGAAACAGAAACCCGAUGGUGAAGCUUCUUUUGCAGAACUCGGUUAAAUAAGUAGCCUGACAAAGGCAAACACAAACUGCAGUAAAUUUUCAGUCCAAGUUGCAGUUGUCAACAUUUUAUAUGGAUAGUCCUAUAUUUCUUGCACCCUUUACAGUAGUAGAAGAUCAGUUUGAGGUGAAACAAAUGUGUCCAGUUAAUUCAUAUCGGUGGUUUUGUGUGUGGAAUUUGGUAGUUCCAUAGCUAUCCUACUGCUUGUUGCACAGUUCAGAAGAAUAGUCUGAUGGUCGUGUAUAUAUUUGCUAAUUUUAAUUUGAUUGCCAUUUCACUGCUGCAGCAUGCAACACAGACAAAUGGUUGGUUUCUUUCAAGGGUGGUAUCUUUUUUACUAUGAUAAAGAAAUAGUAAAAUUGAGAAACUGUUAGACAAACAGUGAUCAAAACUUCCUUCUAAAAUGUGAUGUAACAGCAUUUGUCACACUGUCACUGAUAAUAGAAUACUGCUUUUCUAAAGAUUUGUUCUGACUUAACAACAAAAGAAAUCUUAAAUGCUUUCUUUAGAAAGUUUCCUGAUUUAUGGCCCAUAUUUCUGGUCCAUAAAAGAGGAAGAAGUGAUACAAUUUGAUUGCAGAUGGCAUUCCCUGUGAGAUCUACUGAUGCUAUUUUUCAUCUGUGAGGUUAUCCAUAAGGUUGUAGUUGAAUAAAGAAGCUUUUUGAGUGGAAGUGUUGUUGAAACACUGCCUGAAUAUUGCAAUUGCCGUUAGAAGAAAUGAUGAAAAAUUUAUAUCUAUAUAUAAAUGUGUGCAUACCUGUGCAUUCAGAAGUUGAUUUCCCUUAUUAAAGACCUUCUGAGUAUGAUGCUGCUAAAAAAAACCCUACUAGAUUUUCCAGCUGUUUAUAUAUAAAAUUUUUUUUUUAAAGUUCAUACUAAAAUGAGCUUUUUUAAAACUUAAUAUUUCAAAACUUUGAGAUUCUGAGCAUUGCAUCCUACAGAGAUUUUGCUGUCAGAAACAUCCCACCUCUGACUAAACUGUAAUGUGUAUGCAUGCAAGAUUUUUUUUUUCCUAGUGAUUGCCUAUUACAAUUCCUUUUGUACCCGAUUGGUGUUUAGCUGUGUGUCAACUGCUUCUCUUCUCUGUCUUACCAGUGCAUCCAACAGACUGAGGCGUCUGCUGCUACAGACAAAUAAAUGGAAAGAUGAGUUAAUUUCAUUCAUCGUAAAGUUCCAAAUAGUGAUUUGGGAGAACAAGUAAAGAGAUCUCAAGGAAAUGUAUCCUCAGUGUAUGUGGGGUGUGAAAGUAAGGCAUGUCAUCAUUCUCAGGAGUAAUAGAACUGUAUUCGUUUUAGAACUGCUGAGUGGUCUGCUUGAAAAUUGAUCCUGAAUCUUGAACAGCAGCCUAGUUCUGUUACUCAUUUAGUGGAAAAAAUUGUUGCCCCCAGUGUAAAACUAAACAUACAUUGACACCUAUACAACCUUAAUGUCAGCAUCAACAUCAAGACAGAAUAAUGACAACUACUGUGAUUGUGCUUUUUUUCCUGAAGGAUUCACCAGGGAUGGUCAUUAAGAAUUGUUUUUUUAAAGCCUGACAGAUACCAGUUGAAAUGGCUGAUGUACAGUGCAAAUUACUGACUAUAUGUGAGCACGUUAAAAAAGAAAUCAGAAAAUUUAGUCAGGCUUCUUCUCAGGAUGCCAGCUGAUGAGGGCUUGUUUGUCAAACCACCCCGUGGUGCAAACAAGUCUGAGCAUUGCUGGGUCCCUCAUAUGUACGAUCCCAAUAUUUAUUGUGUUGUGAAUUAAUGGAUUAAUAAAGAUAUUUUUUUCUAGUAAGUGCUUGAAUGUAUUUAUUUGAUUUUGUUCAUAUGACUUAUGCUGGCAAAAGAUUUCUUUUUUGAUCUUAACACUAUUUCUCUUGGUUGAGAUAUUUGUUAAGGAAACAAAGUAGACAGACCUUUUAAUAAGGAGAUGUUGAUACCUCUCUGAUGCGUAAACUGAAUAGCCAUGAAGAUUAUCCAGGCUGGAUGACCUUCUUGUUUUAAAUUUAAACUAAGAGAAUCUCUAGGCUUGUAAGUGUGGUUUCAAAUACUCUCCUGUUUAUUACUGCUAAUGAGGUCUAACAGGUAUUUUCACAGUCCAUAUGUGCUAACAUGCUUCUUGAAGAUUUGUCAAAAUAAACUCCUUUGAAAUACUGUGCAGUCAGGAUGUUGCACAGGACUAUAUACUGUAUUGUACAGUACCUGUUCACUUUGGGUUUUAAACUAGAACAUGUAGUGGAAAGAAAGCAUUGCAGCACAGCUAAUUAGUAGCAGUGGGUACUGCUAUGUAAAAGUGUUGGAAAAUGAAUUCGGAAAUGCCUCGCAAAAUGUAUUUUAAAACUCUGGUAAACUUCUCUGUCAGAAAAGAAAGGGACUACAUUGUUUGAAUUCAUGUCCAUUUUAUUUCUUUAAAUCCACUUAUUUUGAUGAGAAGUUCCCAUUAAGUCUGGUGAUGCUGAGCUUCUGAAACAGGCUAAUUUAGUAUUACCUCAGUAUAUGCCCUGGAUUUCAUGCUGAGAAGGAAUAUUGACUUUAUUAUAUUUAAAGGCAUUUUGACUUUUGCAUUUUUAAUCUAAUUUUCUGGAAUAUUUCAUCGCAGGUUCUAACUUACUAGGACAGCUAGAAACACCACUGCCACAAGGAAUGACUGCCUUCUGUGCUGUUGACAGAUCUGCCCCUUCGUUAUCAGACACUGCUCUUUUGCCAUCUCAGCUUCAUAACAAUUGCCUCUGCCUGGGAGCCAGUGGAGCAGCCAUGUUGGGCCAAGCAGUUCUCCGAGGAGAAUGAUGGAUGAUGGAGUGAUUCCCUUCAACAUGUCUGGGACACUGAGUCUCCUGCUGAGCUCUGGGCAUGCUUGAGGACAUCCAGUGCUCCUUUCCAAUGCAACUUCAGCUGCUCCAGUGCAGGUAACAAAGCCAUCCAGAGAAGAGAACUCCAAAGAACUCUCCAAGAAGUUUCUUUAAUGGUGCUGACAAAUGUUUUACUCAGUGGAGGAGAUCUCUUCCUGAGAGCUGCUGGCCCUUUAUCCAAGCUCAUCACUCAGAUGGCUCUGCCACCUCCAGAUCCACAGUUUGUUCUCAGAGGUACCAGUGCUGCAGUCCACACUCUGCAUUUCUCCUGUGGAGGCCAGGAGCCCGAUGUCCCUGUUCUUUUCUCUGGGUCUGAGAAUGGGCUUAUCCAUGUCUGGAACCUGAAAACACACAGAGUGGACACGGCGCUGGAUGGCCAUGGGAGAAAAUCUGUCUACUGUGUGGAGACAAUGGGCGGUAAAAACAGGCUCCUCAGUCAGGGUCGUGACCAGAGGAUCUGCUUGUGGGAUUUGGAAGAAGGACGGACUUCAGUGAUGGAUUCUGUCUUUACGGAGAAUGUGGGAUUCUGCAGAUGCUCUUUGUUAAUGGUGGCACAGGGACGCUGGCUAAUGGCCAUGGCAGCCAAAGCCCUCGAGGAGGUUCAGGUUUUGGAGCUGCCAUCCAAGACGUCAGUCUGUACCUUGAAGCCAGAGGUGGGUGCCAAGCUGGGCAUGCCCAUGUGUCUGAAGUUAUGGCAGCUCAGCAGUGAUUCACAACCUUUGCUUCUGGCUGGCUAUGAAGAUGGAUCAGUGGUCCUUUGGAAUUUGUCAAUGGGAAAAGCAUUGAGCCAACUUGCUUGCCAUCAGGAGCCAGUGAUGAGCCUUGACUUUGACUCGGAGAAGGCCAAGGGGAUCUCGGGCUCAUCUGAAAAGGUGCUUAGCAUCUGGAGCCUCAAUGAGCAACAGAACCUCCAGGUUUACAAAACACACAACCUUGUCAACGCUGGCAUAUCCGAUAUCACCAUCCGUCCAGACAAGAAGAUUGUAGCAACAGCGGGGUGGGAUCAUCGCAUCAGGAUAUUUGGCUGGAAAAAACUGAAGCCAUUAGCAGUGCUGGACUAUCAUACAGCAACUGUCCAUUGUGUGUCCUUCUCCAACCACAAAAACCCCAGGGAGAGACUACUGGCAGCUGGCUCGAAAGAUCACCGCAUCAGUAUCUGGUCAAUAUAUACUCAAACGUGAUGUGUUCUGCACUUUCAGAGACUAGGAAAACAAGAUUGGUGAAGGAUUCUUUACACUGUAAUUCAAACCUGGAUGUGGAGAAGUGGUAGAAUUUAUUUCCAGGCUGAAGUGAGAGUUCUGGGUUAAUUCUUAUGCUGCUUGUUCAAGCUGCAAGUUUAGUUUUCCAGAGAGGAAAUGGAUUUUUAAAAUCUGUAACAUGCACAGCAAAGCCAGUCACAAAUGAAGACACAGAACAAGUCACUUUGAGUUCUGCUACAGGCUUUAAAACAGCUUGUCUUUAGCAGGUUGCUGAAAUAACUUGUACCAGUACCUUCUUUUGUGAAAAAGGACUGGAAUCCCUCAGACUGCCAUGGGGGCACAAUAUAGAGCACAGGAUCACAGAAUGGUUGGGGUUGGAAGAGACCGUCAAACAUCAUCUAGUUCACACCCCCUGCCAUAGGCAGGAAAGUCUGUAAGGCAUUUAUGUAUCCAAAAAUCUGAAUCAGUGUAAAAUGUCACUCGUUCUUGAAAAUUUAUACCCAUUAAACCACCUCCAGUGGUU